AUGCCUAGUCUCGAGCACAACUCACCACAAGUUCACUGCGCCAAAACGGCCUGUGGGAACUGUAGUGUGGACUGCUCUGACCGUCCACUCCAGGAUAUCGAGGAUCUCGACAAGGUACAACUACUCGACUUGCUCCGAUCCAAGGAGAGAGAACUCAAACGCACCAAGAUUGCGCUUGGGGACGCACAGAAAGUAAUGAACAAGCUUUCCGGAUCUUCCGAAUCCAUUCACUCUGAGAAGCCACUUCGAUCGGCAAACUGGUUCGGAAGAAAAGAUGACCCUGGAAUGACUGCCCUCUACGUGGAGAGGUACCUCAACUAUGGCUACACCCGAGAGGAGCUGUGCUCCGGCCGGCCCAUCAUUGGAAUUGCUCAGUCCGGUUCGGAUCUUGCGCCAUGCAAUCGCCAUCACAUUGAGCUUGCAAAGAGAGUGCGAGAGGGCAUUCGCUCAGCUGGAGCCAUCGCCUUCGAGUUCCCGACACACCCUAUUCAAGAGACUGGAAAGCGUCCGACUGCAGCAAUCGACAGAAAUCUUGCAGCUAUGGCCUUGGCUGAAGUGUUGGCGGGCUACCCGCUCGACGGUGUGGUACUCCUAACGGGUUGUGACAAGACCACUCCCGCAUUCUUGAUGGCGGCUGCCCAAGUCAACAUUCCUGCAAUCUGCCUCAACGUCGGACCCAUGCUGAAUGGCUGGUCGCAAGGCUCGCGAAUUGGAUCGGGCAGUGUGCUAUGGAAAGCGCGGGAACUGCACGCUGCCGGAGAAAUUGACGAUGACAGGGUUGUGGACAUGGUCGCUGACGGCACACCUUCGGCAGGACACUGUAACACGAUGGGGACAGCUCUCACGAUGAAUACUCUGGCCGAGGCUUUGGGUAUGGCUCUUUCUGGCUCCGCUGCCAUUCCUGCUCCUUACCGACAGCGUGCACAUGCCGCCUAUGAGACUGGUGUUCGAAUUGUGGACAUGGUUCGUCAAGAUGUGCGCCCCCGAGACAUUAUGACACGCGAAGCCUUUGAGAAUGCUAUCGUGGUAAACAGUGCAAUUGGAGGCAGUACAAAUGCGCCCAUCCACUUGAAGGCUAUCGCUGCGCAUCUCGAGAUUAAGCUCGACUUGGACGACUGGGACACCCUCGGAUACCACAUUCCCCUGAUCCUUAAUAUGCAGCCGGCAGGCGAAAAGCUCAGCGAGGACUAUUACCACGCUGGCGGACUACCUGCAAUACUUGCUGAACUGAUCGAUGCAGGAAAGCUUCCACACCCAAAUUGCAUGACUGUCAGCGGCCAAACCAUUGGCCAGAAUGCGGCCGGAAAGACGACUUGGGAUCGCGAGACAAUCACAACAGUGUCAAGCCCCAUCAGGCAAGAUGCCGGCUUCCUUCACCUGCGCGGCAACUUGUUUGACUCGGCCAUCAUGAAGAUGUCGGUGGUUCAGCAGGAGUUCCGCGAAGAGUUCCUCCAGAACCCACGAGAUCCCAAUGCUUUCCAAUGUCGAGUGGCUGUCUUUGACGGCCCUGAAGAUUACAAGGCUAGGCUUGACACGGUGGACAUUGACAAACACUCGAUACUGAUCAUGCGAGGCGUCGGCCCGCUCGGUUACCCCGGUGCUGCCGAGGUCGUCAAUAUGCACCCCCCUGGCAGUCUCCUGAAACAAGGAGUGAAGGUGCUGCCCUGCAUUGGAGACGGACGACAGUCGGGAACAUCUGGGUCCCCAUCGAUUCUGAAUGCCAGUCCCGAGGCCGCGGCCGGUGGCAAUCUGGCUUUGGUUCGAGACGGCGACAUGGUCCGCGUGGAUCUGAACAAGCGCCGGGUCGACCUCCUCGUUACCGACGAGGAAUUGAGCGCUCGAAGGGAGGCGCUGAAUUCUCAGGGCGGAUAUCAUGUUCCGGCAAGCCAGACGUACUGGCAGGACGUUCACCGCCGAGAGGUGGCGGGGCUGAAUGAGGGCAUGGUAAUGAAGCGAUCCUUAUUGUUCCAGAACAUUGUAGAGAGAUACCCGGUACCGCGCGACAAUCACUAG